CCUUGUCCCCUCUGCCACUGCGGUGCCCUGGGGGUGACAGCGCGGCCCAACCCCCCCGCAGGAGGAGGAGGAGGAGGAGGAGGAGGAGGAGGAAGGAGCCGCACGGAGCCCGAGCAGAGGAAGUCCCCGCCGGGCACUCGCAGCCCCGAGGGGUCCCCGCUGCGCUCCGAGAUGUCCCCGCCCGGGGGUCGCCGCUGUCCCCCCGCGCUGCUGGCGCUGCUGCUGGGGCUGGCCGGGAGCCGAGGAUUCCCGGAAUGCGAAAAUCUGGCUGUGACCGAGGGAGGGUCGCUGUGCCUGGGGCCGGAGGAACCCCCGCGGGAGUGGACAGAGAUCCGCUGGAAAGUGAAAAUUAAUUCAGGAACGUGGCAGCGGAUCCUGACAGCCCUCAGGGAUGGAGCUGUCUCCUAUCUCAAAGGUCCUUUCAAUGGGAGAGCGAAAUUCCAGCCGGGAAACCUCUCCCUGUGCAUCUCCCCGGUUCACAGGGACGAUCACGGGCUCUAUAGGGCCGAGUUCGAGAAUUCGGGAGCGAUUUCAUCCCGGUGCUUCCGAGUGUCCGUGUGGGACCCCGUCCCGCAGCCGGAGCUGAAAUCCCAAAUCCUGCAGCGGGGUCGGGGCUGGUGCCGCCUGGCCCUGCUCUGCUCCAGCCCCGGGAACGUCUCCUACAGCUGGGCCUGCGCCGGGGAUCCCCCCGGGCAGAUCCCGGAGCAGAUCCCGGAGGAGAUCCCGGAGGAGAUCCCGGAGGAGACCCCGGGGAUCCCCUCCCGGCUGCUGCGGAGGCUCCCCGAGGGCGCCGAACCCCAAAUCUGCCUCUGCAACGUCAGCAACCCCGCGGGGUGGAGCGCGGCCCGCGCCCGCCUCACCUGCCCAGAAAUUCCCGAGAAUUUCAGCCACUGGACACUGCUGGCCGUGGCCGUGGCUGUGGCCGUGGGGGUGAUCCUGCUCCUCGUGGGCUGCUGCUGCUGGUGGAGGAAGAGGAGGAAGAAUUCCCGGGAAGGGACCCCCGGAACGCCCCCGGAGCAGGCGCUGACCAUCUACGCCACGGUGGGAGAGAAGAAACCCCGCCAGGACCCCGCCGGGACUGGCGAGGCCACCCAGGAAGGAGCCACCAUCUACGCCGUGGUCACUCCCAGGACACUGGAGCACCCCAAGCACCAGGAGGAACCCGGGAAUUUCACCAUUUACUCCACGGUCCAGUUUGACCGGAGGCCUUCCUCCAUCAAGAGGAAGAGGCUGGACCGAUCUUUGGUCUCCACCGCCUACUUGGAGGAUAACGGGGGCUACAGGCGCUUGGGCUUCCCAAAUCCCGCCGACCACCAGCACCCCUGAAACCCCGGAAUUCCCAUCCCGGUGGAAUUCUCCUCCUGGGAACUGCAGCCCCCACUGGGAUCCAUGGAACAGAAACAUCCAGAAAUUCGGGUUUUCCCCCCAAGAUUCAACCCCCAGCUGCGCCUCGGAGCGAAGAUCUGGGGAUGGAAAACUGUGGAAGGGAUGGAUUUGGGAUUGGGCAGUGGGAUGGGAAUUCUGUGGGGUUUGGGAAGUUUGGGAAUCCUUUUUUUUUCCUUUUCCUGGUGAAGAGUGUGAAGAGGUCUGGGUUCACCAAUCGGAGUUUCCAGUUUUGGGGUGGGUUCGGUGCUGGCCAAAGUCCAGGCGCUCGCUGGAGUUGUUUGCUCAUUUCCUGCUGAGAGAUCUGGAUUAGGAGGAGGAGGGCAAAACAGGCUCAAAACUUUAAAAGAUGUAAAAAAAACCUUUAUUGGCUGAGUUAAAUAUAAAAUAAUACAAAAAUCAGAA